GAAUUCAGACAACUUUAAGGCCCUUUUAGAUAAUGAAGAUGAGGAAAUGCAAUACAAUGAAGGUCAAGAACGGAGCAGUAAUAACUUCAACUAUAGAGCCUAUCAUUCCCUGGAAGCUGAGAGGGAGCCAGUGACAGCCCUUGCUCCGAAGUAUACCGUGGAGCCCACGCCAGUGCAGAAGUGGAGGUGAAACUGGUGGUAGAUUUCAUUCAAGAACGUGGGAAUUUCAAAUGCUUCAUCGACCUGCACAGCUACUCACAGCUGCUGACGUAUCCACGUGGGUACAUGGUCAAAAAGGCCCCGGAUGCAGAUGAGCUGUGUGCCAUCAGGCCUACUGGGAAUAGGAAGAAGAUGAUGCCUCUUAUUUCCGUGUUUGCUGAUGAGGUGGCAAGGUGUGUAGCCAAAGCUCUGGCUUCGCUGUCAGGCACUGAGUACCAAGUGUGUCCUACCUGCACCACUGUCUCAGGAGGAAAAUGAUCCUAGAUACAAGGUAUAUUCUUUGAGGAGGAAGAUCAAGAACUCUAGGGUUGAGAGACCUCUGUCUACUCUUCAGGGGACAUGUUUGCUUACCUCUCAGGUGCUCUGCUGUCCUGAGGCCGGACCAUGCCCGUGCACGAGGAGAACCCCUGAAGUUCGCCUGGAGGAAGAAGCAUGCAGGGCUUCCCCGGAGGAAGUGCGGGCCGAGCGCUGUCCCCUGUGGACAGGCAGACGCUUCUGGUCUGCAGCUUUAUCCUGGCAGCAGCUUUGGGCCAAAUGAAUUUCACAGGUGACCAGGUUCUUCGAGUCCUGGCUAAAAAUGAGAAGCAGCUUUCACUUCUCAGGGAUCUGGAGGGCCUGAAGCCCCAGAAGGUGGACUUCUGGCGUGGCCCAGACAGGCCCAGCCUUCCUGUGGAUAUGAGGGUUCCUUUCUCUGCACUGAAGGACAUCAAAGCUUACCUGGAGUCUCAUGGCCUUGCGUACAGCAUCAUGAUAAAGGACAUCCAGGUGCUGCUGGACGAGGAGAGAGAAGCCAUGGCGAAAUCCCGCCGGCUGGAGCGCAGCACCAGUAGCUUCAGUUACUCCUCGUAUCACACCCUGGAGGAGAUAUAUACCUGGAUCGACAACUUUGUAACUGAGCAUUCAGAUAUUGUCUCAAAAAUUCAGAUUGGCCACAGCUUUGAAAAUCGGUCCAUUCUUGUUCUGAAGUUCAGCACUGGAGGUUCUCAGCGCCCAGCCAUCUGGAUCGACACUGGAAUCCACUCCCGGGAGUGGAUCACCCAUGCCACCGGCAUCUGGACUGCCAGGAAGAUUGUCAAUGAAUAUGGCAAAGACCGCAUCGUGACAGACGUACUGAACGCCAUGGACAUCUUCAUGGAGAUUGUCUCCAACCCUGAUGGGUUUGCUUAUACCCACAGCAUGAACCGCUUGUGGCGGAAGAACAAGUCCAGCAGACCCGGAAUCUUCUGCAUUGGUGUGGAUCUUAACAGGAACUGGAAGUCAGGCUUUGGAGGAAAUGGUUCUAACAACAACCCCUGCUCAGAGACUUAUCAUGGGCCCUCCCCUCAGUCAGAGCCAGAAGUGGCUGCCAUUGUGGACUUCAUCAUGUCCCACGGGAACAUCAAGGCUCUGAUCUCCAUCCACAGCUACUCUCAGAUGCUCAUGUACCCCUAUGGCCACUCUCUGGAGCCUGUUUCAAACCAGGAAGAGUUGGAACAAAAGAGCUGGUGCUCAGGGACGUGGGAGAAGAGGACACCUCACGUGAGGCUGCAGCUGGUGUGGCCGCUCCGGAGUCCUGGCUCCUUCUCCAUUGCCGGGCACCAGGUGCUCCGAAUCUCUGUGGCCGAUGAAGCCCAGGUGCAGACGGUGAAGGAGCUGGAGGACCUGGAGCACCUACAGCUGGACUUUUGGAGGGGCCCUGCCCAGCCAGGCUCCCCCAUCGACAUCCGAGUGCCCUUCCCCAGCAUCCAGGCUGUCAAAGUCUUCCUGGAAGCCCGUGACAUCAGAUACACAGUCAUGAUAGAGGACGUGCAGUCGCUGCUGGACGAGGAGCAGGAGCAGAUGUUCGCCUCCCAGAGCUGGGCCCGCAGCACUAACACCUUUAACUAUGCCACCUACCACACUCUGCGGGAGAUCUAUGACUUCAUGGACUUGCUGGCGGCCGAGCACCCACAGCUUGUCAGCAAGCUCCAGAUCGGCAGCAGCUACGAAGGCCGUCCCAUCUACGUGCUGAAGUUCAGCACCGGGGGGAACAACCGUCCAGCCAUCUGGAUUGACACAGGCAUCCAUUCUCGGGAGUGGGUCACCCAGGCCAGUGGGGUCUGGUUUGCAAAGAAGAUCACACAAGACUAUGGCCAGGACCCGACUUUGACUGCCAUUCUGGACAACAUGGACAUAUUCUUGGAGAUCGUCACCAACCCUGAUGGUUUUGCCUUCACCCACAGCAAGAAUCGAUUGUGGCGCAAGACUCGAUCCCUGACGUCGGGCUCCACCUGCAUUGGGGUGGACCCCAACAGGAACUGGGACGCUGGCUUUGGGAAGGCGGGAGCCAGCAGCAACCCCUGCUCGGAGACUUACCGUGGCAAGUUUGCCAAUUCCGAAGUGGAGGUCAAGUCCAUCGUGGACUUUGUGAAAGACCACAGGAACAUCAAGGCCUUCAUCUCCAUCCACAGCUACUCCCAGCUCCUCUUGUAUCCCUUUGGCUACAAAAAAGAAUCACCUGCAGACAAGGAUGAGCUGGAUCAGGUGGCUAGGUCUGCUGUUGAGGCCCUGACCUCUCUGUAUGGGACCAAGUUCAAGUAUGGCAGCAUCAUCACAACAAUUUACCAAGCCAGUGGAGGCACCAUUGACUGGACCUACAACCAGGGCAUCAAGUACUCCUUCACCUUCGAGCUCCGGGACACCGGGCGCUAUGGCUUCCUGCUGCCGGCCUCCCAGAUCGUCCCCACGGCCCAGGAGACAUGGCUGGCGCUUCUGACCAUCAUGGAGCACACGCUGAAUCACCCCUACUGACCCAGCCCUUCAGCGCUGUCUUCCUCCUCCUCUCCGGCCCCACCCAGGCAGCCAAAUAAAGUUUGAGUGUACAUGGACCAGAAUGGGGCUCAUGUGUGGGAAUGCAUGUGGCAUGUCUGCCUUUUCAAGCUGUGGCAGAAGUGAUUUAGUUCCUGCAGGUCUCACUGGAAACGUGUGGGUAGUUGGACUAGAUGACCCUUAAACUCCCCUGCAUUCCAAGGUCCUGUGAAGUUGUAUC